UUUGUUCUUAAAUUAUUAUGUUUAAAUCAAAUAUUUAGAUCGAACUGCCGACUUUGAAAUUUGUUAAUUGAUAUGUAUGUCUGUAUAAAGCAAGCCAUGUAUUACAAACACUAACCGUGCCAAGAUGUCGAUAUCAAAAUUAUUCGUGAAAGUUUUCAAUGAGGACAUUUUUGAGCACCUGGAUCAGGAAAACUACAAUUCUGACUUGGAAGAUGAUUUGGAGGGAGCAAAUUGCUCUACUGUGCCGGAUCCGCGAACCCCGAAGCUCGAUGAGCUUUCCGUGACAAAGCAAAUGACCAUUGUGAGGAACUGGUUGGAUGACAAGUUUCAGCAGAUACAAACUGACAGCAAUGAGGAGAUACGUAAACUCUAUAUGGAGACAGAGUCGCGCAUCGGUCCCGAAUUAGCUAUUUUCGAUGUGGACUACACGACAACUGUGCGUGUGUCUACCGAUAGGCUGGCCUUGCGUUCCCAGGGAAGUUUCAACACGGUGCGCGCAAAUUGUUGCGUUUAUGGCGGUCGUUGGAUGUAUGAGAUCCAAUUGCAUACGAAAGGCGUCAUGCAAAUGGGCUGGGCGGCGGGCACUUGUGGAUUUAAUGAAAAUAGCGGUGUGGGCGACACAAAAUUCAGCUAUGGCUACGAUGGCAGCAAGCAACAGGUCUGGCACAUCUCAACCAGAAAAUACGGCGAGAAGUGGCAAAUUGGUGAUAUCAUAGGUGUCACAAUUGAUAUCGAUCGCGAGAUUAUUGAAUACUAUCGUAAUGGGCGAUCAAUGGGUGUGGCCUUUGACAAGAUUCAGAGAGGGCCGGGCAUUACAUUUUUCCCUGCCAUCUCUUUGGGCUAUACACAGGGCGUACAGGCAAACUUUGGCAAUCGACCGUUUGUAUAUCCAGUGGCCGGAUUUCAACCUCUGAUGGCACGCCCCAUAUUGAAGCUGCGUCGCGCCAAUUUAAUUAUGGACUAUCUCAUCAAUUUGGCUGGCAUCUUUUCUCACUAUAACGCACAGUCACGCACAAGCCAAAAAACUGGCGAAAUACGAGUGUCCACCAAGAAGACGGUCUACUGUAUAUUUGCAACGUUGCUCAUUGAGCGCUUCACGAAUGAGAUAUUUGAUCCUUAUAUCAUUGAGGAUGUGCUACUGAAGCGUAUCACAAAUAUGACUGCACUGCCGGCUGAAAAAGAAAAUCCACAUAGCGUGCUCAUGGGCCUCUUGUCCUUGUUCUGGAACUUUAUGGAGGCCGAUGAAGUUAAGUUUGUGCUGCGCAAACUGGUCAAUGCCCUCUUGGCUAUCUAUACGCACACCGUGCAGGGCAUGGACUAUGAGAAGCAUAGACAGGCGCUAAGCGUUCUCCACUGUAUCUGCUUGCAUGAGCAAACACGCAAGUAUCUGCUAGAGGGCAAGCUCUUCAAGAAACACUGCUUGGCCUUCUUUUUGUACGUACAUCCGCUGGAGUUUUAUAUAAUGGAGGAAAUACUGCCCGAUUAUAUGGCCUGGACAGAGGGCAUUGAUGGACCCAAGGACAAAUAUUUAAAUGCUGUGGAAAAGGUGCGCAAGAUCACUGAAGCUUUGUACGCAGCCCAAAAGGACUUGCUAAAAACGCUGAUGAUCAACACAGAUGGCAACGGAGAAUCUCCUUCAAGUCGCAAACUUUUUCUUAACAAAAUGCGGCGUUAUGUCAUCGAUUUAAGCAUGGAGCAGCGCCCCUUUCAUGCCUUUUUCUUUAUGCAGUCUAGCAUACAGCAUCCGCUGGAUCCGCCAGUGGCUCUUGCCUUUGUCUGUAUACUAGUCGAUCAAGUGCGAUCACUGUUUAAGGAUGAGCUGCCCACUCACCUUAUGGAAGUGAAUGCCGAUUACUUUGUGGAUGGGACAUUCGAUUAUAUGCAUUUUGAUCGCGUUGGCGGAGUUUUGUCGCAUCUUCGUAAGGUGCAUAGGGGAGACAUCGAUUCCUAUUUGGGCACAGAACGUACCCAGCAAAUCUAUGACGAGGAUCGCAAUUCUGUACGGGUCAACGAAGUGGAUACCACACUUUACCUGCUAGGGGAAAAUAUUAAUAAUGUGGCGGUGAUUGGUCACACGCAAGGCACUAACAACUCAACAUUCACCCACUUUCUUAAUCCGCGCAUAGCGCAAAAUACAGACACAGCCCCAGGCAGCUUAUCCUCAGAGGCUAGCGUAUGCGAGCUGUUGGAUAUUUGCGUGCUCUUUUACUACUCAGCCGGGCACAAAUAUAUAGUCAAGAUAGCUGGGGUGCGUGAUGAGAUUGCUACGCUGAAUGAGGUGCUAAAAGAGACAAAAUACUAUCGUGAGGAUAUCGAACGCAAACUGAUGGCCCUGGAACAGCAUGCGAAUGUCUGUAUGAAUGACAAUCAUCAUCAUAUAAUGUCCGAAUUGCGCUCCAAGUUCAGUCAGCGACAAAAUGUGUUUGCAACACGUUCAAUAUCGCUGGCAAGGAAACAAGUUUGGCUGCGCGCUGUAGCACUGAACAGCCAACGGCGCUCGUUGUUGAUAUGGCUUAUGGAGCGCAUCGUGCGCACAUUAACGAGCGCAUCGAGCAUGGGUCCACUCUUUGCAUUUGUACCCGAGGUUUACAUAAAUACGUUGCCCAUUUUGCUGGACACUGUCAUGGACUUUAGUCAUCAUGAUAUGCGCGCUCAGUUUGAAGUGGCGGAUGCCGAGUGCGCUGUCAAUGCGGCGGCAGAGUUUUUGGGCUUGCAUUCGGCAGACUCGCGUAUUGUGCUUGCCUCCUGCAAAGAUUCGUUGUUACAGGCAUUGGGCACACUCACGUGCCACAAGCCGGGCGUGCGUGCGCUAGAACGUAGCUCAAAGCGCUCUCAGGCAGCUUUAGUGCGUGCUCUGCUGCGACCUUACGAGAAUCGCGCUUGGGGUCAAAGCAAUUGGCUGUUGUUGCGCUUUUGGCUGGGCGAGGGCUAUGCCUUUAAGGAUUCGCGCCAGCCCAGUGUGUGGCAAGGUGGCUCACAGCCAUUGCAACAGGGACUGUGCCGCAGUCGCUCGAAAAACGAAUCGCACACCGGUCUGUUACACAAUGUGGCGCCGGCAAAUCCGUCCAAACACUUUCAGCGCUUAAUUGGUUCUAAGAUGUUUGAGGACGAACCGUUUGCCACCACUUUUCUUAACUCUGUGCUGAGUCAGCUAAAUUGGGCCUUCUCAGAGUUCAUACUGCUGCUUCAAGAGAUACAAAACACAGCGCAGCGUCAGGAGAACACGCUUUUUGAGCCAAAGCAACUGAAGAUCUGCUCAAUGUGCUUUGAGCUAACAGUAUCGCUGAUGCGUUGUCUGGAAAUGAUCAUAACUGUGGUACCGGACGUUGUGACCGAUGAAUCGCGUCCAAAUAGUGACUUGCUAUUGAAUCGCAUAUGCCAGCUGAUCAGUCAGGUGCUAUCACGCGUUACAGUGCCGCCAGGCUGCUUCCAGUUUGUGGUGGAUAUGUGCUCUGCUGAUCUGAAUGCCGUCACACACUUUCCCAUCAUUAGUGCAGCAUUGGGCAUAUUGUUGGCCUUGCUGCGCACCGAAUUGGACAACGAUGUGACGCCGCAGAAGGUGACACGCAUAUCGCGCGCCUUUCUCACCGAUCCCAGUUUUCAGUUUGCGACACUAGAGUUCGCGCUAGGCGAGAUACGCACUCCGCUGCUUGAGCAGAAGGAGAUACCUCGUGGCAAUUUCGAUCCCUCGUCGCGACCACAUAUUGAUCCGCUGACUAAUGAUGUGCGUCUGCCACAACUCAAUAACUCCAAGCGCAUACGCGCAGAUCCACCGAUUAUUAAGUUUGCGCUUUCUGAUUAUCCGACCCAUGUGUCCCAUGAAGAAAUCGAAGAUGUGCGCCAUCUUAUUGAGAGUCUGCGCAUCAAACAGACUCUGCUCUCAGAUAUUACGCUACCCUCUGAGGACUCGUUGUGUCCCAUUUGCUGUGCCAAGCCGAUCACUGCCGUUUUUACGCCCUGCAAACAUCAAUCUUGCAGCGAUUGCAUUAUGCAGCAUAUGAUGAACUCCAAGGUCUGCUUUUACUGCAAGACCACCAUACAGACAAUCGAAACGCUGGAUGGCACUCUCAUCUACUCCAAUGAUGAAUCGGUGAACACUGUUACAGAAACUGCUUGAACAACCCCACCGCAAAAACCAACAAACCCAACAAAAAUCUAGUCACCUUAAAACAAAAAAUUGCUACGCUUAACAUGUGGUUAUUUACACAUAAGUACAUACAUACUAUAUACAUAGAUAUAUAUAUUUUUAACUUCAGUUUUUUUCAUUUUGUAUUUUAUAUGCUUGCAAUUAUUUCAGAUGUGAUAUGCUAUAGUGCAAUUUAAACACAGCUCUAUGAACAGAAAACAUACCAACAAAAUUAAAUAGUUAGCACAUUAAUAUUAAUAUUGUUUGUCAUUUUAUGAUCUCUGGUUAAUGCAACUAUUUCCAUAUUUAUUUAAGAGCACACAAACUCCAAGCAAGUGCAUUUAUAUUUAUGUUUAAGCUGAAAAACUAUUUCCAAAAUAGUUUGCAUUUAAAAUUGAUAACAAUUAGUGGAACGUCUAUUUAAGUACGAUAAUUUAUGUCAACAUUAUAAGAUAUUACAACUAUUUAAUUUCAUUUUGUUAAGGAGCUGGUGGUUUGGCUAAAGUAUACAAAUCAAACUUUAUUUGUGAACCAAUUCCUAAGUUAUAGAAUUUUAAAACCUGCCUAACAAUUAAAAUUAAGUAACGGAACCAAUUUUAGACAAUUCCCUAAA